CGGGUUAUCAGUAAGCACUUGUUCAUACAGCCAGCAAUCCCCAUUCAGUGGGUCAGUGGAAAAGGCAACACAUUCGUGGUUUCUUUACGCAAAGCUGACCAUAAGUAGGUGUGUCUUUUGUAUAGAUAUGAGCAAGAUUGUGGGCAGACUUGGACCGUCCUCCAGUGAAAUGUAACGUCAUGUGCUGAGCUGCACACUGAUAAAGACACACAAACCCAUUGAAAGUUAGCUCAAAGGAAUCAGCCUACACAGGACAGCACAGUCUCACCAGCUGUUUGAUGAACGCAGUUAAAAAGUAAUUGACGUGGCAGUCGUUUGAAGUAAGGAUUUACUUCAUCAGUGGGUCUCCGUCUUAACAGUGCUGCAGGACAACUUUCACCCUUUCGUUUAGCUUCAAUACUCCUACUUUGAGUGGACUGAGGGAAAGGGCUUUGCACCAGUUUGGAUUAAACCAUGUGUCAUGUGAUUGUUACCUGUCGCUCAAUGCUGUGGACCUUGCUGAGUAUUGUGGUAGCCUUUGCUGAGCUCAUUGCCUUCAUGAGCUCAGACUGGCUGGUGGGGAGGCCGAAAGUUGACAACACCCCCGUCCUCGCGAACCGCUCCAACACGUGGAAAGAUCCUUACCACCCAAAACUGGGUAUAUACAGCCGCUGCAUCAAACGGCCAACUUUAAAACGAGGGAACCCGUGUGGUCCAUACGCUGAAAGCUUCAAUGAAAUUGCCAGUGGAUUUUGGCAAGCGACGGCUAUUUUCCUGGCGACAGGAAUUCUCAUUCUGUGUGCCGUGGCAUUUAUCUCAGUCUUUACCAUGUGUGUGCAGAGUAUUCUGAAGAAAAGCAUUUUUAACAUUUGUGGAUUACUACAGGGAAUUGCAGGUCUCUUCCUAAUUCUUGGUCUGAUCCUUUAUCCUGCUGGAUGGGGUGCUCAGAAGGUGAUGGAUUAUUGUGGACCAGAUGUUUCACCUUAUCAGUUAGGUGCCUGUUCUCUGGGCUGGGCCUUUUACACAGCAGUGGGUGGCACUGUCCUUACAUUCCUCUGUGCAGUGCUGUCUGCACAAGCAGAAAUCGCAACAUCCAGCGAUAAAGUGCAGGAAGAGAUUGAAGAAGGGAAAAAUCUGAUUUGCUUGCUGUGAGAUAACAUCUCGGGACUCUUGUUUAUACAUCGUGACAGUCUUAAUCUUUUUUGUUUUGUUUUUGAAAACGGCACCAGGAGUUUUGACAUUUUACUACCUUCCCACUGAAUUUGAAACUCGGAUAUAUGCAUUUAUGUGGCAAUGAUCUGAGUCUGAAUUCUGCCCUAAGACUGACAGAACUAGAUGUGCCACACACCAAUCUAUAGCUGUGAUGAGAAGAAAAUUCUGAAUGUUGUCCCUUCAUCCUGGACUGUGUGCCUUCCACUAAAAACUGUCUACCGCAAUGCUGCACAAUCCAGGAUAUUUAAAGAAUUGUCAAGGGACAAAGCCUUCUUGCAUUACAGAGGAUGCAGAAGAUAGUUUAUGUGCACACUGACAAUGUUGUGUUUAAGUAAAAAUGUCUUUUGAAUUUGUAAGGGAAGGUAUUUUCCACUGUAAAGUUUGAUUUCGUAUACCUUUCUAACCUUACAGGCCAAAAUCAUUUUGAAAUUGGUGCAACAUAGGUAUCAUUUCCCAUUUCGCUGACACAUUUCAUUCAAACAAGGUCCCAGCAGAGAAGGACAGUGUAGCUCAUUGCUUUAUUGAACAGGUGGUUUAGCUUCAUAAGAAAUAAAUGAUCCAAAUUAAUUAUGGAUAAAUUGUGGCCAUAUGUAUGGUGUUGGUGCUGGAUGGAGAGAGAUGGAGGGUGAUUUCACCAGAAGUGAUUUGAAGUCUGCCUCCAUUGGAGAUGGCACACAGAUUUGUGGGGGGGUGGGGGGUGGGGGGUGGGGGAUGGCAGGUGAGCUUUCCUCAAACAUGGUAGUGUGGGUCUCACUGCACAGAGCUGUCAACCAAAGGCUGGCAGCUCUUUAUUUUGGCAGUACCACCCAGGAGACAAUGGCCGUUGAAGGGAACAGACCUAACAGAGACCUAUGACUGCAGUGCAUCUCAAGGCCAGAACUCACUGAUAACAGAGGGUUGUAGGAGGUGGGGUUGCAGGUUACGGUGUCCCAGAAGCAAGAGCUAGGGUUUGGCUCACCACCACCACCACGCCCCACCAACACUCUCCCACCUUCCCCCUACCUCAACAAACUUCCAUUGUCUGGUUCUUCCACCGGGCAUUCAUUGAGUGCCUUUGAAUGAUAGACCCAGCUACCAUCCACCAAGUAACCACAAGCAAUGUGUUUACUUAUCUUGUUCCCUGCUUUGACACACAGCACCGCCCCUCCUCUCCCACCCCCUCAAAAGCCAUGGACAUAGCUGGGUGUUAAUUGCCCACUUAAGGGCUGCACAAUUGUCAAUAGGACAUGAGGCCUUCCAUUGUAUUUCCCAUCCCAGUCUUAAUCAGAGCAGAGGUAUCGUGAUGUCAGGGGUUCAUACCUGCCUGAUAAAAUGCCCCUUUGCCUCAACACACUGUCAGGGAGAGAAUAAAAUAUUGCCCAUUAUAUAUGCUAAGUGUGCUAGAUUGCCUCAGAAGUUUUUCUAAGGCAUGAAACAAUUAGUUUAUAAAAAGUAGACGGUAAAGUACUAUUAGGUAAAGGUAGUUAUCAAAUUCUUUACUUGUGAAAGGAACUUUUUCUAAAACUGCGUUUAUUACAAGAAUGUUAUAUUGAAACAACAACAUCCAAAUUGUAACGCCUGGUAGGUGACAGCUGCCUCCAUUCAUAACAGCUCCCUGUUACUUUGCUGUGGUUGACAUAACAGCCACAAGUACAACUGUGCAACUCAUUCAUCUCAGCACACUGCCACGGUCAGCUGUCAGAUGUCAACAUGAUGCUAAAAUCCAGUGAACUGUGAAUCUAUUCCGUUUGAACAAAGCCUCACUAUUUAUACAAAAAGAGACCAGCAGUCAGUACCUAUAACCUGUGCCAAUCAUUCAACAAUGCGUAACCAUUCUAAUCAUAUUUCCACUUCUGAUUCAUAUGUUUGCCAAAGAAAAUGCCUCCUGCACUAUGUGUAACUGAGAACUGUUGUGCAGUUAAUAUUAUAGGGUAUUGUCAUUUUAAGUAAGAUGUAUCAUCUUACCAGCAAUUUUCAAUGCAAAUGACCACCAGGAAUGCAGAGUGUGAUUUCCUAGCAAGUCCAAUCUCAUGGAACAUUUCAAACUUAAUCUAGUGCCAGUUAGAUUUGAGGAGUCAAGUGAAUUUAAAGAAUCACCUACAAAUCUCUGCAUGUAAAGUAAUACCACACCUAUUUGGCAGAACUAGGUAUAAUGCCUUCUAAACCGAAGGACUGUACCACCUUGAAAGUCAAUUGCAACACACACAUGGGAACACCUCCUACUAGUUCCCCUUGAAGCAACACACCAUCCUCACUUGGAAUUCUCUUGCUGUACCUGCACUUAUUACCAGGUCAAAAGUAUGGGACUUCUUUUACAACAGUAUUCUGGGACUAACUGCAUCAGAUGGACUGCAGUGGUUCAAAAAGGCCAUGCAAGAACACUUUAUCAAGAGCGAUUAGGGAUGGGCAAUAAAUGCUGGACAUGCCAGUGACACAUCCCAUGAAAGCAUUGACAAAUUAUUCCUCGCAAAUGCCAAAAUAAUUUAUUUCGUGAAGCAGACAAGUGGCGCACACCUACUUGUCCAUUCAAGGAUAGCAAGCAAUGAAAACUGGAAUUAAGGAACUAAAAUAAAAGUUGUGCCAUUCCAAAGCUGGUCAGCCUUGUUAUCCAUAACAUACAAGCACCGGUGGCAAAAAUGCAUUAGCAAUCUGAUGGCGGUGCCAACACCGAACUGAACUUCUAUAAAAGUAAAUAGGUUGGGCAGACUUCUCGCAAGAUGCUUAGCUUGGUUGUGAAUACGAAAAUUGAAUGGUCUGUGGAAGCUCAUCAAACAUUGUCUGUACUGUUAAACCUGUGUAUUAUUACUAGCUCUUUGUGAUUAUAUAAUGACCACAUUUAAAUAAGGGCCAUAAUUUUGGCUGAUGCUCAUUGUUCAGUAACCCAUUGUGUUUAAUAUUACGUGCCAUAGUCUUUUGUAAAAUGUUAACCAUUAUUUAAAAUUAAUACACCAUGUGAGAGUUAUGUGCAAUAAUUGAUAAAGAAAUUGAAAUUGUUUAUCGUGCAUGUGUGCAUGGGAGGAAAAGUAGUGGUUUUGAUUAGGGCUGAUGUGAUGGGUCUUGCCCAUUUAAAUUUACUGGUGCCAUUACAUAAUGCUGGAGUAUUUCUUGUCCAGCAUUAUGUUCACUUUUUCUAAACAAAUGCAGUGUUACUAAACAAGUGAUCUUGGUGCAUACUGGGUCACAUCAAAUGAAACAAUCAAAUAGCAAGCAUUCCGAGUUCCAGCCAAGACCCAGCCCCUUCAACCAGGUCACCAAAAGUCAUUGUUAGGUUAAAUAGCUAGAGUGUUACUGGAUGGAAGGAUAUGUAUCUGAGUUGACACUGACACUGCUAAGUUCCUAACCUCAGUUGUACUUUGUAGAAGUUGUCAAGGUGAGACUUAGGACCUUCCCUUUGCAAGGUGGGAAGAAUGACUCAAGUCUUUUUACAGUGGUGCACUGGAGGACUUCUAGGGACCAAGAAGCAGCAUCAGUAAUGGUCAGGAACCGUUCAGCCUCUAUCUUUUAUUAUCGACACUGUACCCUCAGAAAAUGGUGAAAAUAAAAAACAAAUAAAUUGGAGCAUUAUAAUUUCAUUUUGUACAAAAUUCAAUACAAGUUUAUAAAAUGAACUGGAUGAAGGAUAUGACAUUCAACCACUAGCCAUGACCAGUUUUUUUUUCUCUUUUAAAUGAUUGAUCUCUGCUAUAUCCUUGUUAACCUCAGUAGCAGAAAUCAGGUUCUGCUGCCCUGUUGAAAGCUGAGGUACGAAUUGAGAAAACUAGUGCAAUGAAUUUAUAGGCAAAAGGUUCUAUUCAGCCCUUUUUCAAAAUUAUCCGCACACGAUUUACACUGUAAUCUUGGACUCUUAACAUCAUGAGGAAAUGCUGUGAUUGUUAAAUGGCAGGUUGAAAAGAACAUUUAGUAAGGUUUCAGUCACUAGAGAUUAACUUGGUUCCAAUGUAGUUUUCCUUGUGUUUCAAACAGAGAUUUAUUUUUACACUCAGCCCCUUAAAAGCUAAGUUUCAUCAUACAUCAUGAUCAUAUGAAGAUUUUUGGAAUAUGAUUUAAAUUAAUUGUGAAACCAAUAACCACUAUCGCUAAACUGCUGAGGUGAUUGCAAAUACUUAACUGUAACCAAAGCUGUCAUUUCUGGAAAUCGGGUCUCGCUAUUCAGCUACACAACCCAGGGGACAAGCCCAGCUAGCCACUUACCUAUUACUCAUCUCGUGAGAAAAUUCAGCAAUGCUGUAAGUAUUUCCUUGAUGUUUCCAAAAUGUUGAAGAUUGGAAUGCAAAAUCAUUUAUUAAAGCUGUUU